AUGGCACCCGACCGGCCCCCGCCGGCCUUCGCUGAGGCCGGGCAGCAGAGCGGGCUGCAGGUGUGGCGCGUCGAGCGGCUGGAGCUGGUGCCGGUGCCCCCCAGCCGCCACGGCGACUUCUUCGUGGGGGACGCCUACCUGGUGCUGCACACCGUCCGCCGCGCCGCCGCCGCCGCCUACCGCCUCCACUACUGGCUCGGGAAAGAAUGUACCCAGGACGAAAGCACAGCUGCAGCUAUCUUCGCUGUUCAAAUGGAUGACUAUUUAGGAGGAAAGCCUGUGCAGAGUAGAGAAAUUCAAGGAUAUGAGUCUACUGAAUUUGUGGCCUACUUCAAAGGAGGAAUUAAAUACAAGGCAGGUGGUAUUGCCUCUGGAUUUAAUCAUGUUGUUACUAAUGAUCUGAGUGCUCAGAGGCUUCUGCAUAUCAAGGGCCGGAGAGUUGUAAGAGCCACAGAAGUCCCCCUGGCUUGGACCAGCUUCAACAGAGGAGAUUGUUUCAUUAUUGACCUCGGAACUGAAAUCUAUCAAUGGUGUGGCUCAUCAUGCAAUAAAUACGAGCGGCUGAAGGCUACUCAAGUUGCUGUUGGCAUUCGGGACAAUGAACGAAAUGGAAGGUCUAAAUUAAUUACUGUGGAAGAAGGGAGUGAACCAGACCAGCUCAUAGAGGUUUUAGGGAGCAAGCCAGUGCUUCCCGAGUGUGAUGAUGAUGAUGAUGAACUGGCUGAUAUUACAAACAGGAGAAGCGCUAAACUAUAUAUGGUGUCAGAUGCAAGUGGAUCCAUGAAGGUGUCUGUGGUAGCAGAGGAAAACCCCUUCUCCAUGGCUAUGCUUUUGUCUGAGGAGUGCUUCAUUUUGGACAAUGGUGCUGCAAGGAAGAUCUUUGUAUGGAAAGGCAAAGAUGCUAACCCACAAGAGAGAAAAGCUGCCAUGAAGAAUGCUGAACAAUUUGUACAGCAGAUGAAUUAUCCUGCCAACACACAGAUUCAAGUCCUUCCUGAAGGAGGUGAAACACCAAUUUUCAAACAAUUUUUCAAAGACUGGAAGGAUAAAGAUCAAAGUGAUGGCUUUGGCAAAGUAUAUGUUACAGAGAGAGUGGCUAAAAUUGAGCAGAUUGAAUUUGAUGCUACCAAGUUACAUGAGUCUCCACAAAUGGCUGCCCAGCAUAACAUGGUAGAUGAUGGUUCAGGGAAAGUAGAGAUCUGGCGUGUGGAAAGUAGUGGCAGAGUUCCCGUGGGACCCGAGACGUAUGGACAGUUCUAUGGUGGUGACUGCUACAUUAUCCUCUACACUUACCCUAAAGGGCAGAUCAUCUACACAUGGCAAGGAGCCCAUACUACAAAAGAUGAACUGACUGCGUCUGCAUUUCUGACUGUUCAGCUGGAUCGGUUAUUGAACGGUCAGGCCGUGCAGAUUCGAGUCAGCCAAGGCAAAGAGCCUGCACAUUUACUGAGCUUGUUCAAAAACAAACCACUUAUUGUCUACAAGGAUGGGACAUCCAAGAAGGAAGGUCAGAAACCUGCUCCUCCCACGCGACUCUUCCAAAUCCGCAGGAACCUGGCAGCCAUUACCAGGAUUGCGGAGGUUGAUGUUGAUGCAAUGUCACUAAACUCUAAUGAUGUCUUUGUUCUGAAACUGCCAAACAACUCUGGCUACACCUGGGUAGGAAAAGGAGCAAAGAAAGAAGAGGAACAAGGAGCUCAAUACAUUGCCAGCAUUCUUAAAUGCCAGACAGCUAAGAUUAAUGAAGGCCAGGAACCAGAGGAAUUCUGGAAAGCACUUGGAGGUAAAAAAAAAUAUCAAACUUCAUCACAACUCUUGACAAAGGCUGAAGAUCAUCCCCCUCGCUUGUAUGGUUGUUCUAAUAAGACUGGCAGAUUUAUUAUUGAGGAGGUCCCAGGAGAAUUCACUCAGGACGAUUUGGCUGAAGAUGAUGUCAUGUUGCUGGAUGCUUGGGAGCAGGUUUUUGUCUGGAUUGGGAAGGAUGCUAAUGAAACUGAGCGACAGGAAUCUGUUAAAUCUGCCAAACGCUAUAUUGAAACAGAUCCUUCUGGCAGAGAUAAGGGGACCCCCAUUGUAAUCGUGAAGCAGGGUCACGAACCCCCGACAUUCACAGGCUGGUUCCUGGCUUGGGACUCCAACAAAUGGAAGAACUGA